GAUUGGGAAAUCCUCCGCCGGGUGCGUCACAGUGACGUCAGCGCUGGCGUCUUCAGCUCGCGCGGACAGAGACGGCCAUAUUUGAGCGGAGCGUCCCGCGCGGUUUGUACGGAGCGGCCAGUCGCCCGGUCACCUGACUUUCACGCGCAUUUAACGGUCACACACGACGCAGAAAUGCCCCGCGGAAUAAGCCUCUAGUUCAACCACAUGAUAUCCUUUGGCCCCGCGCUGGAGUCCUCGCGUAAAAUGGAGGUGCAGAGCGUCAGCAGUGAGAUGAAUGGGCAUCAGAUGAUGGAUGAGCCGAUGGAGGAGGAGUCCUACACACACUGUGACGAGGGCGCUUAUAAAGAGAUUCCCAUCACUCAUCAUGUGAAGGAGGGCUGUGAGAAGGCCGAGCCCAGCCAGUUUGAGCUGCUCAAGGUUUUGGGACAAGGCUCCUUUGGGAAGGUGUUUUUGGUGCGGAAGUUAAUGGGUCCAGAUGCCGGUCAACUUUAUGCAAUGAAGGUGCUCAAAAAGGCAUCUUUAAAAGUGAGGGACAGAGUUCGCACUAAGAUGGAGAGAGAUAUUCUGGUGGAGGUCAAUCAUCCUUUCAUUGUGAGGUUGCACUAUGGUAAGACUCUUGGAGAAACCUUCUGAGUGAUAGUUAUGGGGUUGUCUCACAAGAUGUAGCUUUGUAAUAGAGUAAACCAAAGUUCAUCUUGGUUUGGUCAGCGCUGUAUGCAGCUCUGUUCAAUGAUCAUUUGAGCCGAUUUUGGUGAAAUGUGCACAUUCCAGACUGUUUGCUGAAGUUUUCAGCAUCACUUAAGCCCAGUGACUGUGUAAAUGUGACGCUUAUAAACUCAGAAAGCAGUACUGUUAUG